AUGAUGGAGGCCACUGUGUACUUGGAACCCCUCAACCCUACACCCUUCUCAGACCUCCCUACACCCUCAACCGUACACCCUGCUCAGACCCCUCAACCCUACACCCUGCUCAGACCCCUCAACCCUACACCCUUCUCAGACCCCUCAACCCUACACCCUGUUCAGACCCUCCCUCAAUCCUACACCCUUCUCAGACCCCCUACACCCUGCUCAGACCCUCCACCAUUCUCAGACCCCUCCAACCUGCUCAGACCCCUCCACCCUGCUCAGACCCCUCCACCCUGCUCAGACCCCUACACCCUGCUCAGACCCCUCCACCCUGCCCGACCCCCCACCCUGCUCAGACCCCUCAACCCUACACCCUGCUCAGACCCCUACACCCUGCUCAGACCCCUCAACCCUACCCCUGAACCCUACACACUGCUCAGACCCCUACACCCUUCUCAGACCCCUCAACCCUACACCCUGCUCAGACCCCUCCACCCUCCACCCUGCUCAGACCCCUCCACCCUGCUCAGACCCCCUCCACCAUUCUCAGACCCCUCCAACCUGCUCAGACCCCCUCCACCCUGCUCAGACCCCCUCCACCCCCUGCUCAGACCCCUACACCCUGCUCAGACCCCUCCACCCUGCCCGACCCCCACCCUGCUCAGACCCCUCAACCCUACACCCUGCUCAGACCCCUACACCCUGCUCAGACCCCUCAACCCUACCCCUCCACCCUACACCCUGCUCAGACCCCUCCAACAUGCUCAGACCCCUCCACCCUGCUCAGACCCCUUAAUCCUACACCCUGCUGAGACCUCUCAACCCUACACCCUGCUCAGACCCCUCAACCGUACACCCUGCUCAGACCCCUCAACCCUACACCCUGCUCAGACCCCUCAACCCUACACCCUUCUCAGACCCCUCAACCCUACACCCUGUUCAGACCCCUCAAUCCUACACCCUUUUCAGACCCCUCAACCCUACACCCUUCUCAGACCCCUCAACCCUACACCCUUCUCAGACCCCUCAAUCCUACACCCUUCUCAGACCCCUCAACCCUACACCCUUCUCAGACCCCUCAACCACCCCUACACCCUGCUCAGACCCCUCCACCAUUCUCAGACCCCUCCAACCUGCUCAGACCCCUCCACCCUGCUCAGACCCCUCCACCCUGCUCAGACCCCUACACCCUGCUCAGACCCCUCCACCCUGCCCGACCCCCCCACCCUGCUCAGACCCCUCAACCCUACACCCUGCUCAGACCCCUACACCCUGCUCAGACCCCUCAACCCUACCCCUGAACCCUACACACUGCUCAGACCCCUACACCCUUCUCAGACCCCUCAACCCUACACCCUGCUCAGACCCCUCCACCCUCCACCCUGCUCAGACCCCUCCACCCUGCUCAGACCCCUCCACCAUUCUCAGACCCCUCCAACCUGCUCAGACCCCUCCACCCUGCUCAGACCCCUCCACCCCCCUGCUCAGACCCCUACACCCUGCUCAGACCCCUCCACCCUGCCCGACCCCCACCCUGCUCAGACCCCUCAACCCUACACCCUGCUCAGACCCCUACACCCUACCCCUCAACCGUACACCCUGCUCAGACCCCUCAACCGUACACCCUGCUCAGACCCCUCAACCACCCCUGAACCCUACACACUGCUCAGACCCCUACACCCUUCUCAGACCCCUCAACCCUACACCCUGCUCAGACCCCUCCACCCUCCACCCUGCUCAGACCCCUCCACCCUGCUCAGACCCCUCCACCAUUCUCAGACCCCUCCAACCUGCUCAGACCCCUACACCCUGCUCAGACCCCCUCCACCCUGCUCAGACCCCUACACCCUGCUCAGACCCCUCCACCCUGCCCGACCCCCCACCCUGCUCAGACCCCUCAACCCUACACCCUGCUCAGACCCCUACACCCUCACUUAUGUGAGUGUUGUGAGUGAGGCCUUUUCUUUUGCUGUGUUUGUGUUUUUGUUGUUUUACAAUAUUUUUCCCUCCCUCACCCUCCUUCUCUCACCCUCCCUCCUCUCUCCAGGUGAUGGUUAUGAGGAGAUCAGUAGUGAUGAGGAUGACUUGGACAAUGGGAGUUUUAAGCUGCCCAGUUUUGACAUUGACUACACCCCUGAAGACCUGGCCUCUGUGCCCCCAGUCCAGUAUGACCCCUAUGAAAGAGAGCUACGCCCACUGCUCUACUUCACCCCUCCCUACAAGACCCGCUUUGACUCCCAGCUGGAGAGGGCUACGGGGGCUGUGUGUGUUGGUCCAGAGGGACCUGGAGGUGGAGAAGGGGCAGAGGCUGAGGUUGUUGCCCAGAUGAGAGAGCUCCUGGCUGGGAUAGGAGAGGACCGUGACUCCCGCUGGGUCACGGCCCUAGAGCAGGCAUCAGGGCUGCUCGCUAGAGGGCUGGGCUUUCUGAUUGGACAGGGGGAAUGGGAGGGGCCUAUUGGAGCUAUGGUCCAAUGGGCUCUCCAGGGUCUUAGUAUGGAGAUAGCGCUGACCCAACCCAUUGCUCUAAACCUCAGGCAGCUGAAAGCUGGAGCUAAGCUGGCUUCCUGCUUGGCCGAGUGCCCACAGGGCCUCACUGCGCUGCUGCACGAGGGAGCCCUGGAGCUCCUACUGGAGCUGCUCCAGGUGGACCAUGUGUCGUCCACACUGAAGCUGUGUAUCCUAAGGGCUCUGGAUGCUCUGACCAGUGCCCCCGCUGGCGUGGAGGCCUUCCUACAGGAGGGGGAGAUAGAGAGGAGUGGAUACCAGCGGUUGGUGCAGCUGUUCCUGGGGGAGGAAACCGUGCGGGUGGUAACCGCGGGUAACGCCAUUCUGCAGAAAGGCCACGCCUAUGAGGUUAUGACUGACCUGCAGAGGACAGCGGCAGCCUGGAGCGAGCCUCUGCAGGAUGAGGGGGAGGAGCCUGACAUAGCCAUGGAGGAGGAGACAUCAUUAGGCCCCUCCCCUGUCAGCGAGGCUGAGCUGGAUAGGUUGGCUGGAGUUCUAGAAGAGUUACAUCACCUUCUAGAGACCGCCCCCCACACCAUGGUCCAGCCCCCUGGAAAGGCCUUCCCUACAACCGCACGCAUUACUGGUCCACAGGAGAGAGACGACCCCUACCCUACACUGUACAGGUACAUGCAUGCAUGUCACUUCCUGGAGAGCUCGGCGGUGGUGUUGUCAGCAGCAGUGGCGGCAGGGCAUACAGGUGUCACUCACGCCACCAGGGAAGUCCUGCACUUUCUGUCUCUCACCCAAUCAGGACUGCUUUUCAUGCUGGCCCAGCCCACGCCAACCAACCUGCUGCUCCGCCUCCUAGCAACCAUCGCCGAGGUUGAGGGAGAGGAGCCUAUGGUCACUGGGGGCGACGGCGGGUUCUCGGGCCCCGGAUUGGGUGAAGAGGGUUUGGGGGUGUGGCUGAUGCAGGCGCUGCAUGCCCUCCAGAGCGUGUCUGAGCUGAUGAGUCACGUGACUGCCGGCGGGGAGGGAGGGGUGGGGCUAGAGGAGGGGGACAGUGCGGAGGUACUGAGCAUGCUCCAUGCCCUCUACCUCAUCACCUUCACACAGACUGGGAGGAGCGCUGUGGCCCACGUCUUCAGCCUGGAGAACAACCUCUCCUGUCUGGUUACGCUGCUGCAGCACCACAGCAAGGACGGACACGGGGAGACCAAGGCCCGGAAGGCGGUGACCUAUAACUAUGCGUGUAUGCUGGUGCUGAUGGUGGUUCAGAACUCCAGUGAUCUCCGUAACAUGGAACAACACGCUGCUCCUCUACUCAUCCUGGCCAAGGCUGAUGACACCAACGCUAAACUACAGGAGCUGAGUCAGUGGCUGGAACCUCUGGACAAGGUGAAGUUGGAGAUGGGCAGCAUCCCCAGCCUCAUAGACUACAUCAAACAGAACGUCCAGAACGUGUUGACUCUAGAAGGAAGUGGACUGAUCUCUGCUCUGAGGGUCCUCUGCCAGAUCGCCUGUCCACCUCCCGCCGUAGAGGCUCAGCAGAGAGAUCUGAAGUGGAGUCUAGCAGGGGUGCAGUUGUUUUCUGGGGAGGGCUUGGACACGUGUGUUUGUGUGCUCCAGAAGCUGUGUAGCGUGCUGCUGCCUGCCUGGCGUGUGCACGGACACAUGGGACCCACCCCACAGCGCUGUAUGAUCCUUGGCGUGUGCGCUAACACGCUAAGGCUGCUGCGGACCAUGCUAACAGAGCUGUUGCGCAGCGGGGCCUUCCAGUUCAGGGACACGCGUGUGGCGAGCACGUUGGUGACUCUACACAUGGUCGUGUGUUCAGCCCCGUCCUCUGGACGUCUAGACUGGGAGGAGACCAAGGUUCAGGCCCUCAUCGUAGAUGUGCUGCUCACCUUCACACAGGGAGUCAGUGAACAGAUGACCCACACAGAGGAGACUCUGCUCAGUAACACAUGGUCUCUGAUGCUGAAGGAGGUGUUGGGCUCUCUACUGAAAGCACCAGAGGGACUCUUCUCUGGCCUCACCCUGCUGUCUGAACUGCUGCCACUUCCCCUGCCCAUGCAGAGCACGCAGGUGAUCUCUGUCCAGGACGUGGCUGUAGCGUUGAACACCAGGAAGUUGUGGAGCAUGCACCUGCGGGUGCAGUGGGGUGUGUUUGCGGACGCCCUCGGGUGUGUGUGUGGAACUAGCUGUCCUCCGCUGCUGGCCAUGCUGCGACGUGUGUGUGUCCAGCUGGCUGACCUCUCCUCUCCCACCGCCACCCUCAUCAUGAAGACCCUGCUGGAAUUCCUGCUGGGGGAACUACAGCCUGUUGAGGGUAAGAGUCCGGGUUGGGGGCAGGUCCUGCGUCUCCUCUCUCUAUUCGACACCCUGGUUUCCCAGAGAGCCUGUAAGAUCGCAACGUUACACCUGCUCUCUGGCUCCGCCCCUGGAGACGAGCCAUUGGCUGAUAUCUUCCCCCUGCUACUGUCCCUAUUGGUUCCCGUUGCUGACCACGCCCUGCCACAACAGCACUGUGCAGAGCUGGUGGGAACUGUCCUGCAGUCACUGUGUGACCAGGACAUCUCUCUGGUGGUGCCCCACCCAGCCGAGGGGUGUGUUUCAGAGGCCGAGCAACUGGCCAAUGCCCUGCCAGGACGGGAAAUGAUCUCAUCAGUGUGCGACUCUCUGAUGGAGGUUUUGGGGAACGGAGAGAGCAGUGCCGCUCUUCUCCUCACCUGUCUCAGGACACUCAUGUUCCUCACAGAACAUGACUAUGGACUCUACCACCUUAAAGGGGCUCUGAAGAAGCACAGUGCCAGUGUGUGUGCUCUGUUGAAGAGACAGGUGUUCUCCUUCAGGAAAGACUCGGCUGAACUCCUCUCUGCUCUGCUGGACUUCCUACGACAGAUCCUCAACACUGACCCUCUGGGUUGCUGUGGGGAGGAGAGUGGAGGGGAAGAGUCCGGGCUGGUCCCGCCCCCAAGGUCUGUGGCUCUGACUGGCUCAGAGAUGAAGGCUCUGCUGCAGUGGGAGGAGACUGACACACACCCUCUAAACACACUAGAGAAACACAUCAAGAAGCUGUGCAAGGAGGAGGAUUCAUUGGAGACCCUAUUGGAGAAUGUGAUUGGUCUACGACAGACGCUGGAGAGCACUAUGGACACAUCUUCUCCCCCUGAGACGGAGCCCACUCUACCCAAUCCUGACACGCUAUUGGCCCAGUUCAACCACAGGACGGUGUUUGUGUUGUCAGAGGUGUUGGAUGAGCAGCUGAAGGCUCUGUGGUUCUCCCCCUUCCACACUGACGACAUGGAGGCUGAACUAGACAUGGUGAGACACCUGUGUGUUGUUUGAAUGUGUGUGUGUGUGUGUAUAUGUGUGUGUGAGUAAACCUCUCUGU